UUUUCGUGGUUGCGCAACUAGCAAAACCUUUUCUCCUCCUUCUGUACUUGCAAGUGAAGUAGCUACCAUAGGUUGCGGAGGUUAAGGCAUCAGGCCAGGCCUGCCUUAGGCAUGAAAGCCAGCUGGUUGACUUGGAACCAGUCCGUCUCUCUCUCAGCCCAAGGGAUUGUCGUUGUGGGGAAAUAUUGCAAUGAAAGCCAAUUUGGUUUAGUAAUUAAGGUACAGGGCUACAAGCAAAGGGGCCAUGAAUUUGAGUCCCAUCUUAGCCAUGAAAGCUGGCUGGGUGACUUUGCGCCAAUCGCCAGGAGAUGGGGGCAACCCACACCUUCAGCCACCCUGGAGGCCAGCGACACGACGACGCUGCUGGGCAAGGAGCCCUUGGAAGACUACGGGUCGCUGAGAGAGAAGGACCCUCGGCGCGUGGAAAAGGAAUAUUACCGGACACUCAGGAAUCAGCGUCUCCUCCUUGCCUGCUUCGCUGCUGUGUUGGGGAAUUUCAGUUUUGGCUUUGCGUUAGUCUACACGUCACCCGUCAUACCAGCUUUGGUGAAAUCUCCGGUUCCUAACUUGCAACUAACCAGGGCUACCGCUUCCUGGUUUGGGUCCAUCUUCACCUUAGGAGUAGCCGCAGGCGGGCUGUGCACCAUGUACUUCAACGACCGCCUGGGGCGCAAGCUGAGCAUCAUGUUCUCCGCCAUCCCUUCUGCCAUUGGGUACUUCUUCAUGGCCAGCGCCCAGGAGGUCUGGAUGCUCCUGGUCGGAAGGCUUCUCACAGGCUUUGCGGGAGGAGUGACCUCAGCGGCCAUCCCGGUCUACAUUUCCGAGAUCUCCCACCCAGGAAUCCGCGGGGCGUUGGGCUCCUGUCCUCAAAUCAUGGCUGUUUUGGGCGCCCUCUUCCUUUACGCUUUAGGUCUCCUGGUGCCCUGGCGUUGGCUGGCGGUUGCUGGAGAAGUCCCUGUCCUUCUCAUGAUGUCUCUCCUCAUCUUCAUGCCCGACUCGCCCCGUUUCCUGAUUUCCAAGGGGAAGGAAGACGAGGCGCUGUGUGCUCUCCGGUGGCUGAGAGGCCAAGAUGUGGAUUAUUGGUGGGAAUACGAGCAGAUCAAAGCCAGCGUUCAGGAACAGAGCCAAGCCGUUACUUGGGCAGAAAUCCGCAAACCUCACAUCUUCAAGCCUAUUGUAAUUACUUUGCUGAUGAGGUUCCUACAGCAGCUUUCAGGGGUUACCCCAAUCCUGGUUUACCUGCAGCUGAUAUUUGACAGCACGGAGGUGAUCCUGGCCCCGGAGUAUGAUGCCGUUAUUGUGGGCGGCGUUCGUUUAGCCUCGGUGCUGGUUGCGGCUUUCUCAAUGGAUAAAGCUGGGCGGAAGGUUCUUCUCUAUGUCUCUGCUUGCCUGAUGCUCGCCUCAACUCUCACGUUGGGCGUCUACAUCCGCCUCAUCCCUCAACUUCUCCACAAUUCGUCAGCAAUGGCAGCGAAUGGGACCCACGGGGGCCUCGGCGACCCCUCCAUGGUGGGUCUCACCGCGAUCCCAUUGGUGGCCACCAUGUUCUUCAUCAUAGGCUAUGCCAUGGGUUGGGGUCCCAUUACGUGGUUGUUGAUGGCAGAGGUCCUUCCCCUGAAGGCACGAGGAGUGGUCUCCGGGCUCUGUGUACUUGUGAGUUGGUUGACUGCCUUCGCCUUGACCAAAGCCUUUCUGUUGGUUACGGAAAAAUAUGGCCUGGAGGUUCCCUUUUUUUUCUUCAGUGCCAUCUGCGUCAUCAACCUCGUUUUCACCUACCUCCUCCCAGAAACCAAAGGAAAAUCCUUGGAACGGAUCGAGUCGUACUUCCGCACGGGGCGUAAAUCCUUCCUGGAAUCCUUCAGGCACCACAGCUGAGCCCCCCUCGGCCCACCUCCAGUCUGGAUGCUGAAAGCAGCCCCGUCCGGCGGACCUCAGCCCGUCGCUAUCCAAGCCGGUUCUCGUCUUCUCUCUCCCUCCUUUGAAUCCUUCGAAGGGCUCCGAAACGAAGCCGGGAGCGACGAACUGACACGUUCAAUCUCGUCGGGAUCCAAAGCAAAACGGGGACGUUCUGGAUCCGAAUCUCAUCGAUCCCUUCCCCAGCGGCCGUGAGGAAACGCUUCGACCGUGGUUAAGAACGGCUGAUAAUCGCGAUUUAAUGAUAGUGCUGCGUAAACAUGAAGCAUGCGCCUUGAGAAGACCAGGUUGGUUGUUUUUUGUUUUAAAAAAAAUAAAAAAUAAUAAUAAGAUCAUAUUCUUAAGACCUGUCCCAAAAGAAAGGAAUGGUUCCCAGUUGGGGAGUUAGACUCUACGGAGCCGUUUGAAGGAAUCUAUUCAAGUGCUUUCAAGCAUCCCCUCAUACAUGCCUAGAUCCUUCCCCCCUCCCCCAAAUUUUCCCCUUUAACAAAGAGGGCUAGAAACUUAGAAGUCGAUUUUUUUUAAUGCUGUUAGAGGAAUAGAAAUGAAGUUAACACUCGUAAGGGGACUCUAUAGCAAAGGUUAACAAAACAUUGUUUUUUAAAAGUAGCAAAGGUUUUAGUCCUUUCUUUUUUGAAGGACAGCCAAAAUUGGGCUUUAAUUGCUCCGAUUUCAGUAAAAACACGUCGGAGACCUCUUUGCAUGCACACAAUUGCUAUAAAAGAGGCAUUAAAACCACACACCCCGUUCCCAGAGGUAGAGCCAUCUUUAUUCACUGCAUCCACAAAAGAAAUCCCAUCAAGAUUCAGUUUUAUAAAACGGCAGUUAAAGAGAGAUUGUCUAAGAAGAAUGCACUCUCUUCAAUAUAUAUAUAUAUUUCCUACAGACCAGCAUUUUAUCUUUUUAGACCGCACAGGGAAAAAAAAACCAUAAAGCCACUUGAGCUGCUGAUAGAAUUCAUAAAAUAAGAGGAAAGAAGCUACUUGUCUAAAUGAGAUAAAACUGGCGCAGAACCCAAAAUCUCGCCAUUGGGCUACUAAGCCAUAGUGAGUUAAACUCUGGUGAGUGGAAUAAGCACCAUUUGGCUGAGUUCCAACAGCUGGAUGUGCCCAGCUUAAAACAGAAUCAAACCAAGAUUACCCUGAAGUGCGAAACCAGCUUCUGAGCCAUUUUUUUUUGCAAAGGUAGUAACUUUCCACUUUUUCAUUUAGUGCCCAUUCAGAGUUAACAAUGGCACUGGAAAAAAAAAUUGAUCUACAACUUUUCACACUUACAACCACUGGAGGAUCCCCCCGUGGACACGUGAUCAAAAUGCGGACGCUUGGCAACUGACUCGUACUUAUGACGGUUAUGCAGAGUCCCGAGGUUACGUGAUCCCUUCUGCCAAGCAAAGUCAAGCGGGGGGGGGGGAGCUGGAUUCACUUAACAGCCGCAUGACGAGCUUAACAGCUGCAGUGAUUGGCUGAACACCUGGCAAGAAAAGUCGUAAAACGGAGCAAAACUCAAUCAACGAAUGCAUCACUUAGCAACGUAAAUUUGGGGCUCAGCUGCUGAGGGCUACAUAUAAUGCUAUCCAGGAGCUGAGUAAUGCUACUUGGAAGAAAAUUUGAAUUUGUCAAUAAAAUAGGCAGAGACUGCAGUCUAAAUUAACACUUCCUUUCUGUUCCUCAAAUAAAUAAGUCCAUUUUUUUCUCUUCCGGUGAAGAAAAAACAGUGGCUUAAGAAGCAGAAUCUCCAUGCAGCAACAGAUCACAAGCCUAAACGAACAUCACAAAAAAGGUCAAAUAAAGUCUCAACGUAUCUAUAAAUAAAACGGAUAAAACUCUAUAAAUCCCCCCCUUUUUUUUUCCAGAUUGGAAAACCAACAAUAGGAAAAUGUACCAAGCCCUUUCCCUCCCCAAAAAAAACCCUCCCUUCAAAGUGUUGUGCUUUUCAAUUACAAAGAAUUUGAAAUGGUUUACAGCCAUUUACCCUUUUACUAAGAAGGUAAGAAAUUCAGUCUUUCUUUGGUGCCCCCUAAAAACUGAGAAAAUUUCAGCGGCUGGGAAUUUCCCGUUCAUUUUCACAAUGCAAUGAGUUGGCUCAGCCUGACUCGCAGCUACAAAAAAAAACCUUUCUUUUUCGGCACUUCAGAGGAAGUAGCCUUUGAUAGAAAAUUCCAAAUACGGGAACGGUUGCUAAAAAAAUCCUCAAAUAAGGAAGAUCCCAAAAGGAAAUAAGAAACACUGCAAAGAAAACAAAUCUUCGGUCACAGCCAAGCACACACCUGACUAAUUUCUAACAAUAUGAAAUCGCAGCUCUCCAGUCACACAAAAAAAUGCUUUGCAAAAGUUUGAAGAACCGGUAAAAAAGUGACACCCAACUCACUUCGAAAUUUGGAGCGCAAAGAGAUCCCCAGUGCACAUUUAUCAGAAGGGGAAAAAAA